CGAGCCUAAAGGUCCCCGCCCUCUCCGUUGCCGCCGCCGCUCCUCCUCUUCUCCAGUAGUCGCCGCCUCGUCGUAUGGACGAUGUAAGCCGUGAGGGGUUAAGCUGCCGAGGCGGGCAGCCAUGGCCACAGCCCGGCGAUAAACGCGUCGCGGAACGCUCUGGAGCCUGCCUCUCUCGGCCUCGUCCCGUCCCCUCUUUCAGGGGGCGUGUUCGCGCGUGAGAGAGUCAGAGGAAAGCCUUCCUUGUUUCUCUCGCCUUCGGAGCGCCGCCAUGUCCAGCUCCUCCUCGCAGACCCCUCCUCACCACCAGCCCCCGCAGAGGAUGCGCCGCGGAGCCGCCGGGUCCCCUACCAGCGGUAACGCCGGAGUUUCAGUCGGUAGUAAUGGGUCUGGCGGCGGAGGAAACAGCGGUGGCGGCGGAGGCGCCCCCGGUGGCGGCGCUGGGACUAGCCGGCUGCUCCAGCCGAUCCGCGCCACGGUCCCUUUCCAGCUCCUGAGGGGCAACCAGCACAGCCCGACUCGCUUGCCGACCUCCUCAGCCUCAGUGGGGAGCAAUACCGGCCCAGGAGGGCCGCGCGGCGCAGGGGGAGGAGGCGGGAACGGCGGCAGCCCGCCUCCACCAAGCUCUACUUCGCCGUUGGCUCUGGCGGCAGCUGCUGUCGCCGCCGUUCCCCCCCCCCGCGCCGGGUAUAAAUCAAAACAAAUUCUAAGAAGUGUGUACAAAAACUAA